GAGUGAUGUUAGCCGUAAUUCUUUUCGGAUUUUAUUAAUCAUUUUAUUUAAAAUUCUACUGGUUUUGUAGCCAGUGGUUUGUAGCAAUUUUGCUACUACAGAACACAUGUUCUUUGCACUUUUCCCAUGUGGGAAUCUGUAGCAUUUAGCGUUGCAUUUCUUUCAACAUGUGUUGAUCAAAACGUGCAACAUUUGAUUCAGUGACGUCACUGAUGCAGGGGCUGUAGCUCCGUACGCCAUUUUGCUUUUACACGCCAUGUGGUGUGGAGUAAGCGUUUGAGAGAAUCUUAGAAUCUCAUCGCAUUCUUUCUUGGCGGCAUGGCUAAUGAGCCGAGACCAUCAUCGCAAAUGCGAGAAUCCAGCAGCUAUGAUCUAGUAGAUCAAGUUGAUGAGGAUGCUGUUCGUGACGAUAACACGAUGCAUUCGAAGCAGCACACUGAAAAUAUGAGUGGUAUGUUUGACAUUUUCAUGCGUAAAUUUGCAGAUAUGUCUAAGACCAUGACUUCAGUUCAAAAGGAACUUAUUGCUUUGAAGUCUGACCGGUCUUCAACGGAUACAAUUCCGGACGUUUCGAGGAAACGCGGACAGAAUAAGAGUAGUUCGCUACCUCGCAAGAUAACGAAAAUGUCUCAAGCAUGCAUUCGUCCAUCCCAUAAACUUAGUGAUAAUGACUCUGAUGUAGAAAAUUCAGACAAAUCGGAUGCCGAUGAAGCACUUAAUUCCCUUAUUGAGGGAGAUGAUAGUAUUCAUGAUUCGUCAGAUGAUGAUGAGGUUUCUGCUCUUAAUGAACUGUCCGAAUUUUUCGGUGAUGAAGACAAGACGAGCGAACCGUUAAGUUCUGAACUGGCAAAGAUUAUGGAGAAAAUGUUCAUGACGAAAACUAACUCGGAGAAAAUUAAAGAAAUCUCCAACAAGUAUGAUAGGCCGAAAAACAUUUGCAAUGUUUCUGCGCCAAAAGUCAACAAAGUAAUUUGGGAAAACAUGUCAUCCAAAAACAGAUCAAGCGAUAUUAAAUUGCAGACUACCCAGAAUCUCAUAGGAAAAGCCAUGAUUCCGACAUUGAGAUAUUUUGACAUGCUUAUUAAUUGCAACUCGAAGAAAGGAUUGGUUGAAGUAAAGAAGGCAAAACAGCCGUGUGGUGACAUCCUGAAGUUUCAGAAAUGUGUUUUCCACAAUUUGUCCUACAAGAGGCGGGAACAAAUUAUCCAGCCAGAGAAAAACAAACAAUUUGUAAAUUUGUGUUCUGCAGAGAGCUCUUCAGAAAAUUUAUUCGGAGACGACUUGGGCAGUCAAGAUAAGAAUGUGCUAGAGACAAAGAAACUGGCUCAAAAGAUAGGAAAUAAAGAUUUUGGUGGAAAAUACAGAAUUCCCAAUGUGUCUCAUAGCUACGGGAAGAAGCCAAGGUACGGGACCGGAAAAGGAAAUUAUUUUUUGGCCAAACAGUUCAGCUUCAACAAGAAAAAGAAGAAAGGAGAGUCAAAUCAGUAGAUACACAUGAUUGUCAUAAGCAGUGUCUUGAAGAAGAUCGAGGAGGAGGAAGUGCAGUUUGCUCUGUUGAUAGCUCCAGUGUGGAAGACGCAGCCAUGGUUUCCGCAGCUGAUGCAUCAAGUUGCAGGUCCAUGUUACCUUCUUCCGAAAACGGAGAUUCUCUUGAAACUGCCAAAAGAUCCAAAGCGACGGCAUCCCUUGACAAAGAUGAAGAUGGCUGCGUUCAGUUUGUCCGGCAAUGCUUGUACAGUAGAGAAUUAUCAGAAGAAACUGUCAAUAUUAUCUGCAGAUCAUGGCGGGAAUCCACAAAAAGACAAUAUAGGGGUUAUCAGCAAAAAUGGUUGCAGUUUUGUUGUGAAAAACAGAGUGGUCCAUUUAAAACAGAUGUUAAUUUAGUUUUAGAAUUUCUUACAAAUUUGUAUAAGAAAAAUCUUGGUUACAGUGAUUUGAACAU